AUGAGUAUGCAAGAUAGCUUUUCUUUAAAGGAUCCGAAUUUCUAUUUUCAAAGAUAUGUGAUCUCCUCAUGCAUGCAGGACAAUGAUGUGCAUGGAUUGAGGAAUGGAGGAAAAUCAUCUAAUUGGAAGAAAGCAAUACCUUCUAAAAUUGGUCUUCAAGAAAACAACUGGAAAAACCUUGAUAUCAAAGAUGCAAUUUCAAUCACGAAGAAAAACAUUCAAGAUAUCGAAAUUGACGAAACUGAUGAUAAAAAAGUAAGAUUCAUUACAUUACGAUUCGAAGAUAAAGAUACAUAUGUUUUCACAGCAAAUCAAGAAGUAUUAGAUCAAUUUUAUACCGGAAUUUCUUUAAUUUUGAACAAACCAGUUGAAAAUGAUUACAUGGCUCAAAAGAUAAAGGAAUUUACUGACAUGAUCACAAGUCGUCUCAAAUUCAAAAGAAAUCUUGAUAAAGACUUCGGAAUUCCACAGAUUCCACCAGAACCUACAUGUUUCCCAGAUAUAGAUCCUAAAGUACUUGCUCAAAACUAA